AUGGAGAGAAGUGCGGAUACACUCGGCCCCGCACUUGUUCAACCGGAGACAUCAGCAACGGCGACAAAUCUGGGUGUUUCGCUGGAAACUCGCCCCACCUACGUUGCAGAACUGGCACCUGCAGAUCCGAAAAUAACUCGAAAACCGCUGAUUAAAGAUGUGAAAGCCAAAACUACUAUGGGAGAUGAUGCCCGCGAGGAGCGGAAUCAGCUGGCGAGGCAGGACGCCAGCGUCUCCAACUACAACCGAAGAAGUCCUCUAGGAAGGGCAUCCGAAGUUCCGGCAGUUGUAACGUCCAUGCCGAAGAUUGUGGAAGUGAUGAAGGACGUUCAAGAUGUCGUGGAACGACCGACUCGAUUAGGGUUAUUGACCGUAGACGAAGAAUCACCGUGGGAAAUUGAGGACGACACUAGUUACGCAGAUAGCGUUCAAUAUACUCGAAAUCGAUUUAAAAAGCCGUUAUUCAUUUAUUUAGUCAUUCUGGAACCACUGAAAAGUUGCAUAGCAACCCCUCCUAAAAGGAUGAAGAACAUUCAUAACCUUAUGAUCAAAACAAACGAUCUUUGGCUUGAGCUGGACGACGAUAUCUGCUCUUCGGACUCAUCGCCGCUAGUCUCGCCAAGCUUACGGACUCCUGCCAUUGCACUUCCACCUCCGCCACCAAAAAGUGCACCUCCUUUUUCUCAAGCUGCACAGUACGCUAAUUCGUCACCGAUUUGUAAUGGCGAUGUGUCACUGAGUAACGGCGGUACACCAACAAUACUUCGCCCAGAUGAGAGUUUACUGCGACCGCAUGAACUCGAGACGAACGGAAAACGUGUUGAAAUUCAGACUGCUACUUCCGAAUGCAGACUUCAGCAAUCGUUGUCGACACCGUGCCCUCCACAUGAAGAACCAGUGCCCAGAAAGGAUUCCGAGUACAGGCGGUUUAAGUCAGAAGGUUCGUCCGCGGGCCCACUACCUGCUGGUCCUGAAAUGGACGUGGCCAUCGACGAUCUCUCACCAAUAGCCGACGCUCGAUCCACGCCUCCUCACCGCUUCAACUUGAUAGCUCAAGACUCCGUUGUCAAUGGUGGUCCCAUCACGAAGCAUUCGAAUACCGAACAAGUGUUGAUGAUGCAUACGUUGAAGACGAAGACGUCCAAGUAUCAGUCAUUUAUCGACAAAGCUUUCCAGAAUAUCAUGCAGGCUACGGAUGAGCAGAUCAUCGAGGGUUGUACAAUUGUUGCAAAGGUGAUGACAAAGGCGUGGAUGAUUCCAAAAGUGUCGCAUGAUCUAUCGUUUGCGCUCUGUGACUACCUAAGAGAGAAGAUGUACCUCGACGCGCUGAUCAAAUUGUUCAUUGGCCCGACCACCUGUGAACCAGUUCGUUUGGCUUGCGGUCGUGUGCUUGAGGAAUGUAUGUCGUUAAACAACCGCGAGUAUAUCGUAAACAAGGGUUGGUUGAAAAAGAUUGUAUCCAUGGCGAUGAAGUUGAACAAGAACGCUGAACAACAACGAAUGAGCCUCAGCAUCAUGGAAAGCAUGUUUAAGCACAGCUCAAGCACUUCUCUGAAGUUGAUUGAGUACGGAGUAUUGGAUCAUAUCAUUAUAACGAGUAAAAGAGCUAUGGACACGCCGACUACGCUUCGACACGCUGCGUUGGGUUUGGCAAACCUAACACUUUAUACAUGCUCAGAAGGGAAGAAGAAGCUCAUACAGAAGAAGUUACCCGAAUGGUUAUUUCUUCUGGUUAACCAGGACGACGAUCUUACUCGUUACUACGCCAGCCUAGCUAUUUGCAUGUUAGCCAGUAUAAAGGAAUUCGAAUCAGCAGUGAUGAAGUCGGAUACACUGAAACUGGUAGAACCAUUUCUUCUAGCUCAUGAUGCUACCACAUUUGCUGGCGAUCACUACAAACAUUCGCAAGGGAGACCGAAAGAAUGGUUGAGCAGGCUCCUUCCGAUGCUAAAAUCAAUGCGACGUGAAGCGAAAAGUAUGGCCGCAUUUCACUUUGCCAUGGAAGCAGCAAUUAAAAAGGAUCAGAAUAAAUUGGAUGUGUUCCAAGAAAUCGGCGCCAUCCAAGCUUUAAAAGAAGUCGCAUCGUCACCGGAUGAGGUAGCUGCCAAAUUCGCUUCCGAGGCCUUAACUGUUAUCGGCGAAGAGGUUCCCUACAAACUCGCUCAACAAGUCCCCAACUGGACAGUGAAAGAUGUGCAAUACUGGGUUAAAAAGAUCGGGUUCGAAGACUACGUAGACAGCUUUGCUAAACAGAUGGUUGACGGAGACAUCUUGCUGCAUUUAACUGAAAAGGAACUCGAACGUGACAUCGGCAUGUCAUCUGGAUUACAUCGAAAACGAUUCAUCCGGGAACUGGAAAGUCUUAAGAUAGCCGCGGACUACUCCGCCGUGGACGAAAGCAACCUGGAUCAGCUGCUCAUGUCUCUUAGUCCCGAGCUCUCCGUUUACACCUACAAGAUGCUCUCGUGUGGCAUAAACAGGUCGUUGUUGGGAUCCUUAACUGAUGAGCUGAUGCAGACUGCCUGUGGAAUUACAAAUCCUAUCCAUCGAUUGAAAAUGACGCAAGCCUUCCAAAACGCUAAACAUCCUGACGAAGUGGAGGUUGCUGUGCUGAGUAAACAAAUCGACGUAUUCAUCAGCUACCGAAGAAGUACCGGGAAUCAAUUGGCCAGCCUUAUCAAGGUCCUGCUUCAAUUGAAAGGAUACAAGGUGUUCAUCGAUGUCGACAAACUUUAUGCGGGCAAGUUCGACUCAUCCUUACUCAAGAACAUCCAGGCAGCUAAACACUUUAUCCUUGUGCUCACACCGAAUUCUUUGGACCGAUUAUUAAAUGAUCAUAAUGGUGAUGACUGGAUCCACAAGGAGCUGAAAUGCGCUUUUGAAUAUCAGAAGAACAUUAUUCCAAUAUUCGAUCAAGCAUUCGAAUUCCCUCAGAAUGAGGAAGCUAUUCCUCAAGACAUCCGAAUGAUCACGAAAUACAAUGGAGUCAAAUGGGUGCAUGACUACCAAGACGCCUGUAUGGGGAAAGUUGUGCGAUUCAUAGAGGGAGAACUGAACCGAACGCCAAGUUUACCAGCAUCAUCAAACUCGGCUCCUCAUUCUCGUCGAACUGUCGGAGGUCGCUUUCCCCCUUCACAGUCGAGCAUCCGACAGACUUCUACAACUAGUCAUCGGGGAAUUGGAAGAGUUGGAGAGCACCCUCCUUCGACUCCUACUUUCACACCAGCAUCCUCAACAGACAAAAACCGUCGGAAACACCAUACAUCGGUCACCACAGUGUACGAUCGUAACUGA